UGGCCCACGUUCCUCAUCGCUAGAGACGAGAUGCGGGGAGUCGGAGGUCCGCUGCUCACCAUCGGGGACCUCCUCAGCGACCUCGCCGUCGACGGCGGCGAUGAUCCCCUCGCCGCCGGCGGAGAUGCGUCCAUACCCUCCUCUCUCUCGGCGGAGCAGCAGGCGGGGGAAGCCGACCCGUCCGAUCUCAGCCGGCUCUUCGAGGAACACUACAACCAUUUGAUGAAGGCGCUCCAAGAGAACGAUCCCUCGUGGCCAUCGCUGAUGCUGAAGCUAUGCGCUGCGUUGAAGACUGCAGAUAAGCUAGUGAGCUGCGCGAACACGAAUGCCGAACGGUUGGUGGAGAAGGUGAAGGCACUGGAGGGCGUCCUCGAGAAGGGAGACCGCGCGGUGGCAGAGAUUGUAGAAAGUCUCCAGAGGUCAGGCGUCGCCAAGGAUCAUCGGAGUUCCCAAUCGAAAUCAGCUAGCAAGUAGCGGCAUAUUGGUGUGCUCGUGUUUGUCAUGUAAAUGUGGGCUCUUGUCACUGAUCCUGGGUAUUGAAAAGAGUUGUAUGCCCAUCUUUGUUUUUAACUCCUACAGUCUGCUUGUGCUUUAGCACUGUUGGAAUCUUGUUGGAAUGUGUUUUGUAUUUAUCUCGAUACAUGUUGCUCGUUUCUUCAUUCAUUCAUUGGUUUGGUUCC